AUCAAAGAAUCCAAGCCCCGAGGAUACAAUCUAACUGAGGAAGAAAAUUUUGAGUUGAAAAUGUUGAUGCGAGAUCUCAAAAGCGAUUUGGAAACAGCUGUUGAUUAUCAAAAUGAAACAGAGGAGAAGCUGGAUUCUCUUUGGUGGGACAACUUACAAUACACAGUAAAGGAAGGAGUUGUAACUGUAGGAACAGGUUUAACAGCGGGGGCAGCUGCUGGUGCAAUGAUUGGCGUAGGUAAUAUAGCUUUUUUUAUUGUCAGCCGGUUUUGGAAGAUCAGCUUUAGCUGCUUCUGUGCCAUGAAGAGACAAAAACAAAAAACAAAUUUUAUUGGUAAAGUUAUCAUUCAGAUAGCCCGGAAAAGCAACACAAAAAAUUUUGAAAUGGACAACAAAAUGAUCUUAACAGCAAAACUAGCUAGCUAACGUAAGAAAAAUCCCUGUUUGUAUAACAAAUCCACGGUCAGGUGAUAAAAAAUGUAAUGAAACCCAAAUUAUCCUUAUUUUUAGCUCAUGGAUGACGUAGUCAUGCCAUGGGCUUUUGGAGGCACUCGAAUGGCACCCGAUCACUCACUCACUCACUCACUCACUCACUCACUCACUCGAUUCUCAUUAAUUUAUUCGUUAAAGUCAAAUUAAACACUUUACUCUUACCUCCCUUACUUAGUAUUACUUUUGUUCCAAGUGCCUUUUACGCAUAUGUUUGGCAUAUUCUAGAGGGAACUAGUAAGGCGUACAUUUUUACCGACACAAAAGAGUAACCAGCCGAGGAUGGACUUUGUAUUAAUGGAAAUAUUCUAAAGAACACUGACAAUAUCAUCUGCAAGAAAUGGACCUCAAGAAUCGUUUAAUAAUUGAGCGUGGAUCACUGUUGUAUAUUUGGAUCACUGUUGUAUACUUGGACGAAUUGUGCACGUUUGUUCCUGAUAUUACUUGAUAUGGGGUAGAUGCGAUAAAAGCUAUCGAAGCUUGAACGUUGACGUUCACAUGAGAAAGCAAAUUAUUUUACAAUUAAAAAGCGUUAAGUAGAAAUGCUGCGGUGAUAACAGGUUUCGAGAAUAUUCAGGUACACAUGCAAACGGAUACUUUGACUGUGUCGGGUUUGAAUUCCGAACAGAACAUGUACAGCUUCGAGUGCUAUAGAGAUGCCAAAAAGUUACCGAAGAAAUGCUGAAGAAAUGCUUUUUAAAACCGACACUGUAUGCCAAAAACCAAAUGCUAAAUACCGUAUGCCAAAAAACACAUGCGAAAAAUCAAAUGCUAAAGAAAUGUAAACAUGAUCUAUCAAGUAACCGACACAGACAGAAAGUCAUGAAAUAUUAAAAAAACUAAGAAGAAAAGUGAAAAUGUUACAAUGCCCAAGCAGUUUAAAAUAAAUGAAUUUCAAAACGGAAUCAUUUCUCAAGCCUUCUAGUUACUAUAAAUACAGAGGUGAUAAUCUUCAACAUUCGGUUGUCAAUAAUAACGAAACUCAAUGACGAAAUUCAAGAGUAGUGGCACUUAGCACCCAUGCUCGUUUACAAUUCAAUUCAUCCAUGAGCUCGCUCCUAGGAGCCUUUGAUUUUACGAGGACACAUUGCGUGCAUAUCAUCCACGGGAAGCAGAGGAGUUGUUUGUGACCUUGAUUGUUGAUUGUCGUUAAUUUUACAGUUGAUACCGCGCAUCGCCUUUGUUUUUAUACUGUACUGAUCGAGCAAAUCGUCAUUCGAUCAACUUAUAAACCUGGUAAUAUACGGUAAAAUUCCGAAAAUAAGCCCCUCCAAAUAUAAGCCCCCCAAACUUGUAAAUUUAGGGGUCUUAGCUUUCGUAAUUUCGAAAGCAAAGAUCUCUCUUAGUUUUCGUUAUUACUGGCAUCUUUUGUCGCGAUUUUCACUUAACACUACUGUGUUCUGGUCUUUUCUAAAAGAUCUAUUAAGUAAGUAAUCGAUUUCGGCGUUGUUCAGAUCGGUUGAUACACUCCUAUUCGAUCGAUCUGAUUGGUAUAUAAUUUGUAAAAAAAAAAAAGACUGUUAGCUUUAUGGCAUUUCUUAUUUGCUUUUUCUAUUAUUAUUUCUUUUGGGGCUUUUUAGUUGGUGGAUAUGUUGCAGGACAUUUGACCAAUACAAAAGGUUUAGUGGAAAAGGGUCUUCACUAUGGGACCACCAUGGGU